AUGGGCGCAAACUACUUGGGCCUGGAUGCGGUAGGAUGGCAUUCGAUGGUGAAGACCUGGUGGUCGCAGGUUCUCGCCGCUUGUUUGCUGGCCACCAUUGUCGUGGGGGGCCUAUAUAUUCUCUUCCUGGUUGGAAGGAAAGUCCGCAAGAAUUGGCGUAAAAGGGAUCAGCUAUCAGAGGUGCCCGCGGUUAUUUCGCGGUGUCUCGAUCGCCUAUCAAAAGAGGCACAGCCACUCUCGACCGAGAGAUAUGCAGGAAAAGAGCUUCAAUCGUUCGGUGUCUUCCUUGGUAGUCUAUCAAAUCCACGAACCCCUGAUCAGACCCAGUUGUUGCAACAGUGGGAUAUCACUGUUCUCGACCCUAGGCAAGAGGGUGUUUUGAGUUCUCUCGCAGGCCAGCCGACAGCUUCCUAUACCUUAGGCCGGCUGGAUGUGCGGGCGCUUGCGAACUCCGAGCGCGCUUCGGAUAACGAUGAGGUGAUUCAGGCUUUGGAGGUUGUUGCCCAGACAUUGCAAACAAAUUUCAAGCAGUCACAGGAUGCACAGUCGCCAUUCAACGGAGUUCUUCUCGCUGAAUUCAUCGCGCACUUCCAACCCGUUGUAUUGAACAAAUUGGUAAACUAUAUAAACCAGCUCGGGCUCGACGUCUGGCUCGAGCUUUCGCCGCCAGCUUAUAUUACCGAGCAGCAAUGUCGCGACAUCGAUAUGCUGCCUAUCAGGGGCUUCAUCUAUCGUAACGCCACGAUCUCGCCUGAUGGUAGCAGCCGCAACUACUUCCAGAUGACUGAAAUGCGGACAGCUAUGCGCGCUAUCGCCUCUCAAAAGUCUAUGGGUGGUACCACUCUCGCGAUGUGGGAGACUAUCGAUAAUGGAGCGGAGUUACCGCACGACGUGAUUCACCGGACAUUCAAAUGGUGCAACUACAGGAGUGCAAUGUGCUGGAUUGCGCCUCGUGACGCAUUGACCGACGCAACAAUUGCAACGGCAACGGCUAUCACUGAGGAGCCACUGGGAGCCCUGAUGUGGAUGAAAGGCAACGAGGUCACUGAAGCGCAUAAUGUGUGGAGGUCCAAUGGAAAGGUCCGCCAAAGUCCCUGCGACCAUGACUCUCUGUACGAGUCUUUACAUUCCUUCAUACCUAAUCUGCCGGCGAAACUAUCGUUGUCGCCGGCUAGGGAACUUCCAGUCGAUAGUCAAGAGACCGUAAUCGACGAGCUCUAUUGGCCAUCGCAGCAGGAAUCUACAGCGAACCCUUUCUCCGUUGCUCCCGCUGGAACCGACUAUACGGGCCUGGGAUGCUUCCAACUCGGACUCGACUGCACAUCUCGAGACAUUACCGAUUUAGUUGAUGCCCAGCGACAUGUCAGAGAUCUUGGUCUCCUUGAACGUAUCAAGCUAGAGGAACUUCACGGUAUCGCUGGACAAUUGCGUGCUCUCCAAAAGUCCACGACGACAGCCUCCCGGGUGUUCAACGCCGUGAAAGAACUGCUUAGCAUUCUCAGCUCAUGCAAUGGUAGUGAAACCGAUACCCUCAAAGUCUAUGUGGGGUUACAUUCUGGAUUUCGCACGCGCCUGGAAACACAGGUCUGGGGUUUGUAUGAUGUCGAUACCGCUUCAGGUACUCUCAACCUCAAUGUCUAUCUCUCAGCGAAGGUACAGGACCGUACUAGCACCCUCCUACACACUUUCAUGUCUAGUAGGGGAUAUUCUAGGUUUGAAUGUCUUAUGGCCGAGGUCGCGCUAGCAACACAGACCGGAAGUCUGUCAGAGACCUGGGGAUUGCCACCACGCAUCAUGCACGACAUCGAGCAACUUACACCGGCUGAGGCAAUCCUAUUUUUGCGCCGUCUUACAACCUCUGAAUGCUCGAGGUCUUCGACAUUGUCUCAGAAAGUACGCGCUUUUUGUGAAUAUCAACUCGUAGAGGCUCCGAGCCUGACCCAGCUCAGAGCUUUGACCUCUACUGCGUAUCUGAGCGGCGAGAUUUCCGCAGAGGACCUUGUUAAUUCACGGCUUGCAUGGUAUCGGGAACAAGGGUGCUGGUGCCCUGAUUCUACAGUCGCUGUAGCUCUUUUCAAGGAGGUCGAUGCCCGGCUACCGGCAAUCCUUAUCAAUGGGGAGCUUCAGGUUCUGACCCAGCUCGCUACGGUCGCCCAUACCGUCUUGCAAACGGAUCAAAUUGAUGCUGCUGCCGACUUGUUUGCUUUGUCCGUCUUUUGUGCAUUCCGCAAGCUCGCCCUCAAUGAAGUCUAUCUGGAAGUCCUCGACCGGAACCCCUUGCCCAACAAUGAUAUGCUUCAGGCCUCUUGUUUCGCUGAGAUGUACGCGGUGGGUGCGCGCUGUGACAUGUACUUCGAUAUGGCCCCAAUCCUUCUCGGAAAGAUCCUCGCCACCCGGUACCGUGCAUACUACGACGUCCACCAACCACCUCGCCGGGACGACAUGUUCACUGAGCUCCCGACAGCGUAUUCAUCUAUGGAUAUUGACUUGGAUCCGAAGGGUGAGCAAGAAAGACCGUCGGUAUUCUAUCAAUUCACAUUCCUGGGCAUCUUCGCUGUUCCAGCCCUAAUCGAUAUCGUCAUGCUCACGACCGUUGGCCGAGGUCUUUACCUGACCACAUUCAUGAGUAACAUCGAUAAGUCGUUGGCGACACUCGCAUUGAUGAUCGCUCUUAUCCUUUGUGGUGGAUUCGGCGGCUGGAUCAGUUCUGGAGGAAACUACUACCUCAACGCCAUGGCUUUCCCAGCCAUGAGUAUUGGCCUCGUUGGUGGUAUCUUUGCAAUGAUCGGUAUCGGUGUCAUCAGUGGAUUUGAGCACGGCGUCGUCUUCUUUUUGUACUUCGUGAUGCUGUCUACUUUCCUCAUGACUCUCUCUGCACUCUCGGUGUACCAGAUUCCGGGAUUCCAGUUCCAAUCGGGAAGGAACAUUAUCAUGAUGUGCAUUCCAAUCCUGUUCAUCUCGCCGAUUAUCACGAUCUGGGUCCCUCACGACACAUGGGUUUACAUUCCUUUCCUAUGGCUCUUCUUGAUAUGUCUUUUGAUCGGUGCUCGUAUAAAUAUUGCUCAGUGGAAUACGUGGUACCUCAACAUACCUCGGAUUACGGACAGUGAUGUCGUCAAUUGGUACCUCGAGACAAGGCCAAGCGACAGUCUGCCAGCGGAUGUGAAAGAUAUCGGGACCACCCCAAUCCCACGACAAGCACUUCAAGAAAGUGUCGAGAAGGAACGGAACCGCCACUUCUGGACCAGGUCGACUGCGGACCCCUUAGUCCGGAAGCUGGCCGAUGGAUAUUCCGCGACGAUGUUCCUUCUCGUAUGGUACUGCAGGUAUUCGAGAACCAAGCUGCCACGGCCUUACAGCCCGACCUGGAAUCUUCAAUUGAAAGCGUCUGUCGACACCAUGAGCGACAUGCAGAGGGGUGUCAAGCUCCACAACGCCUUUCUCCACUGGCGUCACACCGGCGGUGACGUGUGGUGCGGCAUCCUGUACUUUAUCCUCGCUCUCGUCGACAAGUGGACCGCGCUGCUGACAGGGCAGUCGGUUGUGGGUCUGUCCAACGUGUCUAGCAUGAAAUAUCGGCUUGCUACCGGGUUUGGCUUGGCUUACUAUCUUAUGGGCGCAGUCAUCCUUGAUGCUGUGUCGCAGCCCCUAUGGACAUUGGCCAAUAAAACCACCUCUCGUGCCAUUGCGUCCCUGGAGUCCCUCCAAGAGGCCAAGCUAGACAAUAUCCGGACACGACGAGCACUCUAUUGGAAGUCACUUGCCAAGUUCUUCUUCCUCCAUAUUUGGGGCGCCGCCAUCUCCCUGGCCCUCAUGUGGGCUUUCGAAGCUACUAGCGAUGCUACCAUCAUGUACUUGGCUUAUGUUGGAUCAUACUCCGGUCUGCUCUGGUAUCAGUACAACAAGGUAUUCACAGGGAUUCGUGCGGUCAUACCCCUCGCCAUAGGCACGGUUAUUGGUUUCGUUUUGGGUAUUCUCCUUCAUGUCUACGUACCAGCUUUCGCAUACAGCAGUGUCGUCAGUUUGGCUUCAGGCACAUGGUCCGCUGCUUUUAUCUCGUUAUACAUGACCGACAUAUGGAUGCCGCUCUGGAAAAAGGAGACAGACACGCAGCCUACUUCCAAAAGCGAUCCGCCCUUUUAUACCUGCAGCGCUCUCGACCCUCGCCCCGACAUUUCUCAGACGACGUUAAGCCAAACGUUUGACAGUAUUUCCGCCUUGCCAGCCGACGUGCGAUACAAACUCCAGCCAUCAGAGCAUCCAGGUGUCGAAGUCAUGCAAAUCCUUCAAUCCCAGUGCAGCUCUAAGAAGUCAGGUCGUGUAGAAGCAGCGUUUCGCCUAGCAGGCGGGCUGGUAGGUCUAGCAGCAGAGCUCUGGCAGCGGGGCGAAACCACUAUCGAAUUAGUUUCCGCUGGUCACCUUCUCCAAAAUGAGCAGAAGAUCAGGGCCAUCAGCCGCAGCACCGCCAGCGGGUUACACAUCUUUGUUAUCAUCGGUCCUGAUCUCGUCGGGAAUGAAUGGGUGUCGGACAUUCGCCGGAACUGCAGAAUGAUCGCCGAGGCGGUGGUUCAGGCUACCGCUGAAUGUAAAUCGGGUCUAUCGCAUAACCAGUCUCUGGUAGCAGAGCUACUAGUUGCAGAGGACAGAGAUGGGGAACAAGUUCCCGUACCAGAAGGUGUCAAGCGUCAGCUUGAGACUUCCACAGGGGAGCGGAUGCGAGCUAUCGGCUAUUGGCAAAGGACGUUACUCCGUCAUCUACUGCUCGGUUUGGAGUGCGACCUUGAUUGGGAUAAACUGCCAAAGGAAGUCCGGUCGUUCCUCUUGAAAAGAUGCUGCGGGCAGUCCUGCCGCCUUUCUUCCACGCAAAUGGACUGGAUCCGGUCAAGAUUCACCGCCGAUGAGUCUGUGGGUAUCGAAGAAUUCAUUUCGCGAUGCAAUCUUGGGGCAGAAUUAGCCGUUUCUGUGACCUCUUUCACUGAAGCACUGCCGCCGAACCAUGAUCUCCAGCAUGCCUUCCCAGACUCAUGGUCGCUGGGUGCGCAACUCCCAGCAAGCCCGAACUUGUCAGAUCUAGGGGUUCUUGGAACAGUCAAGCUUGUACUGUCUCGCCUCCAUGAGAAAAUAAAAACAUGCAUCAAGUUCACCGUGAUCUCUCUCGUUGCGGAUCCGGAAUACCAACGGGAGCUGAACUACAUCCUUCCUCUUCAGCAGGUUAUUCUUCCUUUGGUUUUGCUACAUGGUCGUGAGAAGGUCUCCACACUCUAUAAGAAUAUGAAGGGCAGAAAGACGGUUAUUGAGAGCAACCGCGUCAUAACUGAGAGCUUGACCGGUCCUUCAACAGGUUUCCUCGAGACUAUGCCGGAUGGUACCUUGCGACUCUACCAGUACGCUGGGCGACACGAGGAGAAACCAAGCGACAAUAAGCAAUUGAGGGCCAUUAACACUUACAAGGACAAGCUCAUUCUCGAGAAGAGGGAGGAAUACCAUAAUGGAUCACUGAACAACGAAUUCAUCUACGAUUAUACAUCGGUCAAUGAUGGUCGAGACGCAAAACUGCCAUCAAGACGUCAAUGCAUCAGCGGUGUACUCAGCGGGCAAAUCGUUCAGUAUGAUAAAAGAGGCCAUAUCAUGUCUGGGUCGACCAUGCGAAACGGAGAUCCGGUGUCGUUUGAAUUUUCGUAUCGGAAGCAUGCCAAGUUUGAUGAUGAGCUGCUGCGAGCCGAGUUCGUUUCCGGGCAUAACAAAAUCCAAGUUUCCUGGUGCAUGCCGCCUCACAAUUGUCCGGAAAAGUUGAACAAAUGGAUCCCAUAUCCUCGUGUCACGGAGGCCACGUUCACGAAAGAAUCAGACGUUUACAAUGCGAAAUGGACAUAUGAUCACAAGUUCCAUCCUAUCAUUUCCACCACUCUCAACGGCGAGUCUUCGCCAACACCGCCCAUGAUAGAACAUGACUGGUACAAUGUUUUGCAGAAGCCAAAGAACUGCAGCUUCCUGGAUGAUAACCCGCUCUUCUCAUUCUCUUCUAUUAAAGCCGGGUUUGUCCCGCGCAUGUUUGGUUUCAAUAUCAAGCGGUAUCCUAUUCCCACAUCGCUCGCUAGAGAGCAUCUCUGGAAAUCUUGGAAAAGCGGAAAGGAAUUCGACGCGGCUACCACGAGAUGGAUGGACGAGCUUCUCUUGAGGUCUGAUCGAGUGCUCAGCCCUUACUGGAGACGCAGAGACUUUGGCAAACUCGAGGCUGCUGGGAAGUACCUCGAUGCCUUUGGAGACACCGUACUGGCGAGAGUUGAUAUGGAUCCGGAAGUCAGUUCCUGGACAUGGCUCGCUUUCAAGAUGAGCGACUUGUAUAGCUUCGGACAGGGUGGUGAUGCGCGUAUCAACACCAGAACACUCUCUACGCAGCUACAGGAUAGCGACAGCCAACUCCAUGUUCUCGCGCUGGAUACCGCGACUUGGCCUAACGAACCCGGUGGUGUCUCGGCUUGCCGACGGGAUCUGGUCAACAACCUCAAAAGUACUAGAUGGCACAUCCUUGCUGAAGCCGCUACCGAUUUCGGUGUCCCCCGGUUCCAGAUUGAGAGAAAUGUGCAAUCGCUUGCCGUCGUGCCUCAGUGGGGUCUGGACUUCCUCAACCCUACUCACGGGGUCUUCCAGAGUUCGCUCGAUUCGGAGGUUGCGGAAAGGUCAUUCGACACGCGUACAAGUGAUAUUGAACAGAACUUCAUACCCAUUCUCACCAGUCUAGUCCGCUGCGCUCGUACCACUCAACACACCCGCCAGCAUAUUGAAGAAGCUACGAAGGCUUUGGUUGAUUUGAACACCUACUUCGAGUCUUCCCGAAACUGGAACGAUGUCUGGAUGAGUGACGUGGUCAAGGAUGCAUGGAGAAAAUUAUGGUUGGCCGACGAUCUUGACGGUAUCAUGCCCAUAUCCCAAUGGAGAACUGCGGAACAUCCGACGUUGGUGCAACUCGACACCGCGUUGGAUAUGUGGCAUCGCUAUCUGUUUGUCUUCUCUGUUCCUGUCCCAGAAAAGAUUCCCGAUAUUUUCCAGGCGUCACAUCAUUUCACAGGUGCCACCUAUGGUGUCCUCUGUAAGAUCAAGCGGAAGUGUGCCCUGCAUGUGUGGGAUCACUCCAUCAGCUUGAGAGAAAUGGUCACGUUCUUGUCUGGCGCCAUCUCAUUCGACUCUUCCUUCGUCAACACCACUCUCAUUCACCUGGGACGUCUGUCAUGUGUCUUGGCUGAACAUCACGCGGACGUGGUCUUGCCGUGCGCCGCGUUUUUCAAUCCCGGCUGGGAGGCCGAGUUGGGAACUUGUGAAGGUGCCCUGCAGCACCGUCGGGCAUUCGAGCGAAAGAUCGACCCGGUGGUCAACGGAAUCACUGAUAUGGAGAAAUACAAACCCAUCGAGACCAUCAAGACUGAAACGCCUACUGUGGUCAUGCUGUCCCAUAUCCGAUAUGUGAAGGAUAUCAAGACAGCCGUCAUGGCCACUGACGUGAUUGUCAACCGAUGGGGCUUCAAGGACUAUCGCCUCCACAUUUACGGAGACAUGGAAAAGACGCCUGGCUACUCCUCGGAAUGUCAAGAGAUCAUCGCGUCCAAGGGGCUUCGCGAUCAUGUGGUUCUCAAGGGUCUGGGUAACCCAUCGGUGGUGCUCCAGGAUGCUUGGCUGUUCAUGAAUUCUUCCAUCUCCGAAGGUCUGCCCUUGGCUAUGGGUGAGGCCGCCUUGACAGGCGUUCCCGUUGUCUGCACCGACGUGGGCGCGUCGUUCUGCGUUGUCACAGACAGUAAAACUGGAAAGCGGUUCAGUGAGGUCGUCGCACCCAAUGACGCCCUAUCCCUUGCUCAAGCGCAAAUCCGAAUUCUCGCCUUGGUGGAUGAAUGGGCUCCGUUUGCCGAAGAUGAGGAGGGCUAUCAGCCGCCGAAGUUGUCCCUGCGCCCCAGUCCCGAAGAGGUGGAGCAGAUCACGAAGAGAAUGUACGCCAAAACGGAGCAGCGACGUCGACUCGGUAUGCGCGGGCGCGAUAACGUGCUCAACAAUUUCUCCGAGCACCGGUAUCUCCGGGAACACGAACAAAUGCUCUGGAUUGGCAAGUACCAAAGCCGCAGCUUCAUCGCUCGUGAGCGGAUGGCCUCGUCGAACAGCUCGUUGGGCUUCACCAAGGAGCGCAUACAUUCAUCGCAGCCGUCCCGAACGUGGUGGGGAAAGCUACGACGUGGACAAGGGCCCGUCAGUUCGACUGCGUCGAGCUCGGAUUCCGUUUGA